GGAAUAGGUCUGCGCGUAUCCUGGGAGGAAGUGAAUACCGCGAAUUUGCAAUAGUUUCUCAGAGUUUGUAAAAAAGGUGAUGAAAAAUGUCAAGUAAUUCAUUAUUGGAUGUCGACGAAUCAAUUAUAACAAAAAAUUUGCUAUUGCCGGGAAUUAAAGAGGAAAACGACUUUGGAGAACUCCUGAAAAACUUCAAUAAACCUGAACGUCCUUCUGUCACGAUAAGACCGAGUCCAGGUUCCUGCGUUAAAGCAAAAACAGAAUGUGGCCAAAAAGUCUUUUUGAACAUAUGUCUAACCACAGAGAUACCAGCACCGGAAGAAAUAUCUGAAACACAAUUGCUAAAGCUUAUAGAAGAUGAAGCGCCCUCCAGUUAUCGCAUUCCGAUGAGUAUUGGUAAUCAAAGGAUGGAAUCUGAUCACAAUGGACAACUAUCGCCAACAUACGACAUAGCAAUAAAUACACAAUUUUAUAAAAAAUGCAUGGAACAAAAACUGUUCUGGGUUUUCCUGAUCAGCGUUGUUAUAGAAGGAGUUUCGGACAAAUAUGACAAACGCAUAAUUCCUGAAGGAUAUAAAGUACUGAAGCAUCGCAAGGUCGUGGGCAAGUUGCAAGAACACAGAAUUGAGAAACGAGAAGUCAAUAAUGCAAUGCGUAAACCGCUGAUCCAAGACUUGACAGAUGAUAAUUUGAGGCCAACAAGACUAGAAACUGAAACAAUCAGUCUUUCCGAAUCCGUAUCGAGUGCUCAAUGUCUUCGUGGAAAUAACUUCAAGAACACAAGAAUACCUGAGUACAGAAUUUUACGUGAACCAAAGGAAGGAACUGUUGAGAAAUUAGUAGGACAAUUCAGAGUGCCUGAUGUGUUAUCUUCGAAAGAUUUGGCUGUAGAUGUUGGUGAAGAUCGAAUAAUAGUGGAAGCUCACAGAACUGGUUACUUGAUUGAUAUCUUUGUCCCAUAUUCUAUUGAUCAAGAAAACGUGGAUGCAGCAUUAGACACAAUCAAUGGCGUAAGUAAACUACUUUACUCUCACAAACUCAGAACUCUUUCAAUCAAAAUGAACAAAAAUAAAUAAAAUCCUUAUAACUUUAAAUGUUUGAAUCAGUAUUUUCAAAUGCAAAGAAGUCAAAUUUGAGUUUGAUAUGACAGGAUUGAGGCUGAAACAAUUUUAUUAGUCCUGAAUAAAAUUUCAUUUCUAGAAGGUCAACGAUGUAGCAAUAAUGAACUCUUAUCAUUUCCUCAAUCUUUGAUAUGUAACAUCCAGACUUUCUGUUGUGUUUG